UUCCUCUUGAGUUGUCAUAACAACCUUAUUAAUUGUUUACAUUUGUUUUUUCAAUUAAAAUUUAUAUUUAUACUCUAAAUUCACAUUGACUACUAUGAGUGGAUUGAUUAGCAUUGGCAGACAGUUUUUCGGUAAUGUUCUACGUACAGGAUUAAUUUAUAAAGGGCAAAUCGAAAGCUUGUCUACAAAAAUAAAAAGAGUUGGAGAACUAAUACACGAUAUAGCAUCACAAAGUUUUGUUCUACCCAUCAAUGGUGGAAGUCUUCGAUUACUGCUUGAAAAAUGACUUCAAAGUGAAAGUGACCUGUGACUAUCUGCAAGCUUUCGUGCAAAAUAAUCCCCAAUACGAGAAGAUAAUCGUUGACUAAGAGCAUCUUACACGCGACAAUCUCUUUUGUAAUAAUUGACUGAAAACGUCGCAAUUAAUAAUUAAAAAUCGGGAAAAUUACAUAAGUACUCGACAAAAUAAAUAAUUAUGAACUAGUGGAAACUUAAUCCUACAUUCUUUCUAUAAAAAGUUUAUGAAGAUGUCAAAAAUAGAUUUUCCAAUUUAUAACAACAUUUAAUUGGUUUAAUUUAUUGAUCACUGAAUAUUAUCAAAAUAUUAAAUUCAUUUUUUAGAUUGAUGGCAGUGGGUAUAGUAAUAACAGUGCAUAUUCCAUCACAUGCUAAUGUCAUAUUCCUGUAGAAUAGUUUUUCCCAAAAGAUAUAGUAACCAACACUCUUUCAUGAGAUAUUGGAAAGAACGGAAUAUUUUCCAGUUAGGGUAUAAGUACUCAAUUUGAUACGAAAUCCAACCUAUUUGACCCAUUAUCAAACGAAAUAUAUUACAGCUAGUGUAUAAGGACCGAAUUUGAUACAAAACCCGACCAAUUUGGCACAGUAUCAAACGGAAUGUAUUACAGUUGGAAUAUAACGACCCAAUUUGAUAAAAAAUCCUACCUUUUUGACACAGUAUUGAAGGAAAUAUAUUACAGUUAGGGUAUAACGACCCAACUUGAUACAGAACCCAACCUACUUGACACACUAUCCCAGUUAUUGACACAAUUUGAUACAGAACCCAACUGAUUUGAUACAGUAUUAAACAAUGGAGUCAAUUUGGAUACGAUACUGGGGCUUGGAAAAGCAGUACGGCUGUAUGGUGGCAGCUGCUAAAUCGGCUCUGGAACGAAAUGCAACCAACAGCCAACUGAGCCUUCUCUAUGGAUCAUCUCUGGCGCUGUUCGGCAAAAACUCAGAGGCCAUUACACACCUAGAGACGCUUCUCAGUGAUCCUCAACAUGUGUUCCCUGCGGCGUUGGCACUCCUCUAUGCUCAUAAUAGUUGUGAGAUAAUCAACCGCGAAUCAGUGGCGCAACUAGAGACGACGCUGAAGGAGGAAGUGCGCCGGGCGAGCGAAACGAGCCUGUGCAACGCGGCGUGGUUCUACCUGCUGAGCGGACGCCCGGAGCAGGCAUCUGACUGCGCCGACAGAAUGUUGCUUAGCAACCCCAAGUUGUGCGCAUGCGCAGUUGCCAUUCUCAAGGGAUGGAUCCACUUUGUCAGGGGGAACAAGUCGGCCGCUGCUGAGCAGUUCAAACAGGCUGCUUCACAAGAAAAACAGAACACAGAAGCCGUUCUGGGCGAAGCGAUGUCACUGCCAAUGCAAGAGGGCAUGACUCGACUGAAUCAGCUGAUUGUGAGGUUCCCCAAGGUCACCGUGCCUCUCAUGGAAAAGGCCAAACAGCAGCUGGCCAUCAAGGACUGGACCCAAACUCUGGACACUGCCUCUCGGGUCCUAUCCCUGGACGCUAACAAUCUCUAUGCUGUCAAGAUCCGCACCCUGCACCACAUCUGCGUGGAUGGCAACUACGCGGAGGGCGCCCUGGGCGUGAACCGGUUGGCGGCCAUCCUGGAGCAACAAGAACCGACCGCCCACGAGCUGUCUGCAGCCACCGUCCGCCUGUUCACGGCCGUGUGCGGUGGCGGCGGACGUAGCGCGGCUGUCCUGGCCGAGACGUGUCGGCUGGCUGAGCGCACCCUGGCGAUGGCGCCCCAUUUGCCCGCCUGCCUCAUCCUGGUGGCUAGGCAGCACUUCCUGGCGGGGCGACACGCCGAGGCGGCCAAGUACUACCGCAGUGCCACCAAGAUGGAUGACUCGUCUGUCGAGGCCCUCACCGUGACGGUCGUGCAGAUGGCUCAGAAUGGACCUACCACGCAGGUGCAGCAACAGGUGGAGUUCCUAGUGGAAGUUGCCUCGGGGGGUGGUGGGGGCAGUGCCGCCUCCAGCGAGCUGCUGCUGCUGCGUGCGCUGUGUGACCCCGCUUCAGCCGCCAACUUCCUGGAUGCCGCCUUCGAACAGCAGAAAGGGGCGGCAGCUCGUCACCCCUACGGCCCCCGCCAUUUAGAACUGCUCAACGCUGAGUUGCUCAUGAGGCUCGCUCAACUGUAUCCUAGCGGGGUUGAUGGCUCAAAACGCAGUGCAGCUGUUCUGAAGAGAAUAAUAGAAGCCUGUCCGGGACUAGCUGAUGCACACCUACAGCUGGCCAAACGCCUUCUAGAUAUUGGCGACUCGGACUCCGCCUCCAAAACCCUCCAACACCUCCUCAGCCAACUAGAUCCGACAAACAUGGACGGCCACCUCAUCCUUGCCCAACUGCACAUCACUCAAAACAAGUUUGACCAGGCAGAAGCCAGCCUUGAAUCUGUCCUCAGCUACAACCUGGAGGUGCGUGAGAGGCCUUUGUAUCAUUUGUUACUAGGUUGUGUACACAGGUUCCAUGGUGAUCAUGAUUCUUGCAUUGCGUCAAUGAGAGCAGCACUGUCCAUGGAAGGCAACCAGCAUCCACUGAGUGUGCAAGAAAUGGGCACGUUGUACCUAGAGCUGAGUUCCAGUUUGAUGGCAAAGGGUAGCCUGGAGGAAGCAAGUCAAGCUCUGCAGGAUGCUGGGAAAAUGUUGAAAGAAACCGACCAAGAAGGACAGGUUACAAUUGCUAGUGCUGAACUGGCCCUUCUGAAACGUGACCCCACUCUAGCACUAACCCUACUAGCCAGCAUCACCCCACGACACCCGUGCUACGUCAAGGCACGCAUGAGAAUGGCUGACAUACAUCUCCAUGAAAUGAAAGAUGGUCGGGCUUAUGCAGAUUGUUUCCGACAACUUGUUGAAACCAACCCCACAGUGGAGAAUCUGGUGAUGUUGGGUAAUGCAUAUGUAGCCAUACAAGAACCAGAACAGGCUGUGGAAACGUUUGAACAUGCAGUGAAAAAGAACCCCAAGGACACAAAACUGAUGUGUAAGUUGGGGGAUGUGUUGGUGAAGACACAUCAGUAUGGGAAAGCGAUUAAGACCUACAGGGAAUCUGGGCAGGAUGGUAGCUUACAGCUGGCUCAACUGCUGAUACGUUUGGGACAAGUAGAUCAUGCUGAAUCAGUGUUGAAGGAUAUACCGUUAACAUCAAAAGCAUUAGUUUUGGCUAAGGUUCGUGAGAAAUUGGGUGACAUUGAAGGGUCUCUAGAGGUUCUCCAGGAAGCACAAGAACAACUAGGGCGGUCCAACCCUGAACUAGCUGCCGAAAUCUGCCACAAAAUGGCGGAGUACUCUACUAUGCAGCGCAACUAUGACUCAGCCAUCGCUCACUAUAAACGGUCGCUACUCUACAAACCACAUGACUCGUCGAUUCAGAUAGCUUUGGCCAAGUUGUAUAUGCAAGUGAAUGACUGGUCAUCUUGCCAGGCAGUGUGUUCCACACUGCUUGCAACUGAACCCAACAACGAACCCGCUCUGCUGAUGUUGGCAGACCUGGCUUUCAGGAGAGUUGACUUUGCAGGGGCUAGUGUGCAUUUCUCACAAUUGCUAGCUAGAAGGCCCGCCUAUUGGGUGGCACUGGCUAGGCUGAUUGAGGUGAAACGUAGAACUGCGCAGUUGUUGGAGGCGAAGAGUUAUCUGGAUGCUGCAGCUGCUGUGGCUCCCAACCAGCCGGGCCUCUCCUACUGUACAGGCCUGUUUGAUUGGUACAACGGCAACACAAACAGCGCACUGCACCAUUUCAACUGUGCCAGGAAUGACCCGGAAUGGGGACAACAGGCGCUGCACAACAUGGUCGAAAUCUGUUUGAAUGGCAACGAAGGUGGCAGCACUGCGUUGAGGUUGUUGAAGGAAAUGAAACCGCACUCCCCUGAUGAAGAGAUGAACGUGAGGUUGCUCACAGACCUUGUCAAACUCACUUCAGGGGAGAAGUUCGACAUAGAACAAGCCAUGAACGACCUAACCUCACUUGCUUCCCAUGAAACACUACGUGUGGGGGCUACCCUAGGUUUAGCAACCGGUUACAUCCUCCAGAAACAAACCCCCCGAGCCAGGAACAUCCUGAAACGAGUGGCGAAGACCCCCUGGCAGUUCGAGGAGGCCGAACACUUGGAGCGUUGCUGGAUAAUGUUGGCAGACCUGCACAUUCAGGCGGGAAAACAGGAUCAGGCGACAGAGUUGCUGAAGCGAGUUCUGGCGCACAACCAGGCCUGCCACCGUGCCCACGAACUGUUGGCUCUGAUCUCAGAGAAGGAGCAGAAGUAUCUGGAGGCCGGAAUGCAGUAUCAGCAGGCGUGGAAGUUGGCGGGGGAGCAUGACCCCGCCCUAGGGUUCAAGUUGGCCUUCAAUAUGGUCAAGGGUAAACGGUAUGCUGAUGCUAUAACUACUUGUCACUCUGUACUACGCUUGAACCCAGAUUACCCCCGGAUUAAGAAGGAAGUGCUAGAGAAAGCUAUAUCACAUUUGAGAACAUGAAUUGUUCGUUCUCAAAAAUACACCAAAGGUUAUGUUAUUCAGCACUGCGCACACUGACUAUCCUCGUAACAAGAAGUAGAUGGUAGAAAGUUAUAUAUCUUAUUCAAGAACAGUAUAUUCUUCAAGACAAAUAAUGUAUUAUUGAGUUGAAUUUACUAUAAUUACUUUACACUUUAUAUGCUAAGGAGGAAUUAAUCUAUACGCUGAAGAAAAACCACUUGAGAAAGUAAUUAUUAUUUUUUGUUUUCAAAACCAAAGUUUAAUGUAUUGUUCAGCUACUCUGUACUGCUGAUGAGCCUCGACUACCCCCGUUUUAAGAAGUAGUUACUAGAGAUUAUCGCAUUUGAGAAAGCAAAUUCAAUGUAGUCUUCAAGUCAAAUGUAUUGUUGAGUUGAAUUGAAUUUGCUAUAAUCAUUUUUCAUUGCAUAUGCUGAGGAGAAAUUAGUUUGUAUGCUGGAGAAAAACCUGUAUCUCACUUGAGAAAGUUAGUGUUUUCAGAAAUAAACGAAAGUUCAAUGUAUUGUUAAUUAUACUUUUUCAUUCAUUUUGAGCAAUUUAACUGUUAAUAGUGAGCAAUAGAAUAAGUAACUGUUGAAAACGUGUGCUCACAACCGUAAUUCGAAUGACUGCGACGAUUUCAGCCAUUUAAACACAGUUAAAAAACUCUCCUCGAAUCGCAACGGUGUGCAUCAGAUUGAUUCAAUGAUGCUUUAUUUAUUAAUCAAGUAAAAAAUCAAUAAUGAUAAAUAAGUAUUAUUCAAAUUAUUAAUAGCAAUUGAGUUUAUUUUAUCCCCAUGAUAUGAUUCAAUAUGUAGCCAAACCCAAUAUGUUAUUGUAUAUGAAACCUGAGAAAAAUAAUAUACGAGUGUUAGUUAACAGUAUCUUUACACUAUGAUGAAAUGCCGUGCCUUUAAAUAAAUUCCUACUCCGUUUACUUUAAUCUAUUCAUUCUCUAAUAUAUAAUGGAGUUUUUAUAAAACUGUAUUUAUAAAAUGAGAGCAUGUUAUACAAUGAUUAUAUCACAUAAAUAUAAUAAGAGAACAUUAUUUUCAAGUUCCUUCAGCUUAGUAUAUUCAUUCUGUAAUAGAAUUAGGAGAAUCUAUAAUAGAGAUUCUGUAAUAGAGUUUAAGUAUAUGUAGGAAUAAGACAUGUCAUUCAACCAAGCGCCGUCCAGAUAAUUUAUUCACUAUUGUAAUAGUUAUACUAUAGAUUGAAAUUUUUAGUAUUUUAGAAAUGAAUUUUAUAAAGUUCAAUCAAGCUUCAUCAAUUUGUAUUGUAAAAUAAUAGAAUAGACUACUUUUGGAUAUAGGGUUCAAUAGUUCAUAAUUGAAGUAACUAAUUUUAGAAAUGAGGACACAUCAUACAACUGUAAUUGCCUACUGUAGUAUAAUUAUUGAAUUUGAAAUUUAAUCGUAUUCAUAGCUGAAUAAGUAGAUGCAGUUGAUGUUGAUGAAUAAUAAACUAUAAUAUUCAUAGUAAA